AGCAAACGGUAUGUACAAUGAGGUUGACCGUCGAGCGCGAGCACGUGCCGACGGCGACCCGACCUUCCCAGUGCUACCAACGACUUGGAUAUCAUGCCUUUCUAGUAACCUGAUAUGUUUUUUUCUUUCUCGUGGCUCUUGGUACUGCUCUCCUGUAUACUUCUGGAGACGGCUGCAUGGAUAAAUUAUACUUCUGACGGCACAGCAACGAUGACCCAUUAUGAACUUCCAGAGAAUUACGUCGCGUCUUGCGGUUGCACACCUUCGAGUACCCAUUAUCCGACUGCUGCCCUCUCUCAGAUGGCAUACGGAAGCAGUACUGCGUACGGUCCUGGGUGUGGAAAGUGCUUCAACUUGACUCUAUUAAAUACUUGGACAUCAACUCCUCCAUUCUACCCUUCUGUUACAAAACAUAUCGUCAUCAAAGUAACCGAUCUGUGCCCCCUAAGCGGCGACGGUUGGUGUUCUGCUACUGAUUCGAAACCAAACCCUUCGGGACAAUAUCUGAAUUUCGAUCUGGCCUACCCAUCCGACGCCAUUCCGGACAACUUUUUCCCCUCGAACGCAUCGCUGUAUGGUUACACCGAUUUUGGGGUUUGGAAUAUCAGCUACCAGACAGUUUCGUGUGAGAAUUGGGCUGGUUGGGGCAAUGAGGCUGCACUGGGAAGCGUAGCGUAUCUAGGAAGCGAAAGCGUUUGCUGUCCUGACAAUCCUACAGGAAGUGCCAACGACACUUGCCCAUCGUACUCUGAUGACAAUGGUAUUCCGCCUGAUACCACCACAAGCUCAAGCCCGCGAACAGCGGGAGCUACACCCUCCAUCAUUAUAUUCGUAUCUAUUCUUCUGUGUUGUUACGUAGGGUAACUUGAUUGUCACCAUGUCUACAUGAGUAAAAUGAUAUCCUUCGUAGACCAUCCAUCACUAUACCAAUAACAAUAGUUUACCUGGCUAUGAACUAUUCCACACGUCUGUGAGCGAGAAGUAACUGCCAUGGUGGGAGAUAACAGAUAUAUGUCCUUACUUUUCUAUGUCUUCGUCCCCUACUUUCCUGUAAAGACCGCGCUCCUUUCGUGAUAUCACGCGAUGAAGCCAUUGGAAUGUUCGCAUCCAAGCGAGGAGAGCACCGGCAACACCAACCAACAAGAGUCCA